AUGAAGGACUUGUUGUUUGUGAAGGCUUUGCAUCUUCCGGUCUUUACUACUCAAAAACCCGAUUCAAAAAGUGAUGAAGAAUGGGAAUUUGAGCAUCAACAAGUUGUGAUGAAUCGGUUGCUUGGUAUGGGUGUCAAAUUUGAUGACGAGAUUUUAGGACUUUGGUUGCUUGCUACUCUACUGGACUCUUGGGAGACCUUUCGAGUCUCACUCAUUAAUUUCGUUGCAGGUAUUAUUACUUUGGAUUUGGCUAAGAGUGGUGUGUUGAAUGAAGAGGUUAGAAGAAGAUCUCAGGGUUCUACAUCAUCGUCCGAGGUGUUGGUUAUCGAGAACAGGGGGAGAAACAGAGACAAAGAUGGAAAGGGUAGAGAUAAAAGCCGAAGCAAGUCAAGAUCGAGAUACAAGAAUCUUGAGUGUCAUCAUUGUCGUAAGAAAGGUCAUAUCAAGAAAUAUUGCUUCAAGUGGAAGAAAGAGAACAAAGGUGGUGGUGAUAAACACGAUCAGAAUGACGAUGAAAAAUUCGAGCGUGUUGCUACUGUUACUCGUGAAGAUCUGUUAGUUAUUUGUGAUGAGAAUUUGGUCAACCUAGCAUGCGACGAGACUAGUUGGGUGAUUGAUACUGGUGCAUCACUUCAUAUGGGUAAUGAUGGUUUGGUUUCGGUUAUUGGUAUGGGAGAUGUUAGCUUGGUGAGUAACAAUGGAACAAAGUUAACUCUCAAGGAUGUCAGACAUGCACCGGAUGUCCGUUUGAAUUUGAUUUCUGCAGGAAAGCUUGAUGAUGAGGGAUUCUGUAACACCUUCAGUGAAGGGCAGUGGAAGCUGACUAAAGGCUCCUUGGUUGUGGCUCGAGGAAAGAAGAGCUCAAAUUUGUACUUGAUGCAAGCUUUGACUUCUCGAGAGACGGUGAAUGUGACACUGAAUAACAACUCAACUGAGUUGUGGCAUAAACGACUCAGUCACAUGAGUGAGAAGGGGCUUAGCUGUUUAGCGAAGAAUAAUCAACUUUCGGGUUUAAAGAAUGCUACACUGAAGAUUUGUGCUCAUUGUCUAGCAGGAAAGCAGAGAAGAGUUUUAUUUAGAAGCCAUCCUCCUCAUAGGAAAUCAGAGUUGCUAGAGUUGGUCCAUUCAGAUGUUUGUGGUCCGAUAAAAGUAAGAUCACAUGGUGGUGCACUUUACUUUGUGACUUUCAUUGAUGAUUGUUCAAGAAAGCUAUGGGUUUACACUUUGAAGUCUAAAAAUCAAGUCUUUGAGGUGUUUAAACAGUUUCAAGCAUCAGUUGAAAGGAAAACUGGGAAGAAGUUGAAGUGCAUUCGUACUGAUAAUGGUGGCGAGUACACAGGGUCGUUUCAUGAGUAUUGUCUGCGACAGGAAUCGACAUCGAGAACACCACCAAAGACUCCACAGUUAAAUGGGUUAGCUGAAAGAAUGAACCGAACAUUGAUUGAGAGAGUCAGAUGUUUGUUGUCAGAUGCAAAGUUACCAAGAUCGUUUUGGGCUGAAGCUUUGAAUACAGUGACACAUGUGAUAAAUCUAUCUCCUAGUGUUCCUUUGAAAGGUGAUGUGCCAGAUAGAGUUUGGUUUGGUAAAGACGUGUCAUAUGAUCACCUACGUGUGUUCGGUUGUAAAGCAUUUGUUCAUAAGAAACUCGUGAGAAGCAGAGAUGUUGCCUUCAUUGAGGAUCAGACCAUUGAUGACAUUGAUAAGACGGAGAAAGUGGAUUCACAAGGUAGUGGUGACUUGAUCGAUGUGAAUCCGGUUCCCCUAGACUCUUCACCAGAUCCUAUCCAGGAUGAUGUGCAUGGUGAUGUUAGUGGUGACCAUCAGACUAUAGGUGAUUUUGAUACUCCCAUGGAUGAUGUUGUGAAUGAUCAACAACAAGCACCUAUAGCUCCACCAGCAGUUCCACUUCGAAGGUAUUCUCCUGAUGAAUAUGUUCUUUUGACUGACGGGGGAGAACCUGAAUGUUAUAAAGAGGCUAUGGAAAGUGAAUGCAAAGAUCAGUAGGUUGAAGCGAUGAAAGACGAACUUCAAUCCUUGCAUGAGAACCAUACUUUUGAAUUGGUGAAACUGCCUAAGGGCAAAAGAGCUUUGAAGAAUCAGUGGGUUUACAGGUUGAAGCAAGAAGAGAAGUCUUCAUCUCCAUGAUACAAAGCUAGAUUGGUCGUCAAGGGUUAUACUCAGAAAAAGGGGGUUGAUUUUGAAGAAAUAUUUUCUCCGGUUGUGAAGAUGUCCUUUAUCAGAACUAUACUGAGUUUGGCAGCUUGUUAUGACCUAGAGGUUGAACAAAUGGAUGUGAAAACUGCUUUUCUUCAUGGUGACUUGUAAGAAGAGCUUUACAUGGAGCAGCCAGAGGGUUUUGUUGCACAAGGGAAAGAGGACUAUGUGUGCAAAUUGAAGAAGAGCUUGUAUGGUUUGAAGCAAGCUCCAAGGCAAUGGUACAAGAAGUUUGAGUCUGUUAUGGGGGAGCAAGGCUACAAGAAGACUACUUCUGAUCAUUGUGUGUUUGUUAAGAGAUUCUCUGGUGAUGAUUUUAUUAUUCUUUUGCUCUAUGUUGAUGAUAUGUUUAUUGUUGGUCAGAAUGCUUCUAGAAUUGAGAAGUUGAAACAAGAGUUGAGUAAAUCCUUUGCAAUGAAGGAUUUGGGGCCAGCAAAGCAAAUUCUUGGCAUAAGACUGACACGUGAUAGAAAGGCCAAUAAAUUAUGGUUAUCACAAGAGAGGUACAUUGAGAAAGUACUUCAAAGGUUUACUAUGGACAAAGCUAAAGCGUUGAAUACUCCAUUUGCUAUGCACUUUAGAUUGAGUGUUAAGCAUAGUCCUUCCACAGAAAAGGAGAAGGAAGAGAUGCAGAAAAUUCCUUACUCUUCAGCCGUGGGUAGUUUGAUGUACGCAAUGGUUUGCACGAGACCAAACUUGGCUUAUGCCGUUGGUACAGUUAGUCGGUUUCUUUCUAAUCCAGGCAGAGAGCAUUGGAAUGCAGUGAAGUGGAUUAUAAGAUAUCUUCGUGGAACUUCCAACAUGAAACUUUGUUUCGGCAAUGAGAAACCUGUUCUUGUUGGGUAUACAGAUUCAGACAUGGCCGGAGACAUUGACUCGAGGAGAUCUACUUCAGGUUACUUAAUCACUUAUGCAGGGGGAGCUGUGGCAUAGCAAUCGAGACUGCAAAAGUGUGUUGCAUUGUCUACCACCGAAUCAGAGUUCAUUGCAGCAACCGAAGCGUGUAAGGAGAUGCUUUGGAUGAAGAAGUUUGUGCAUGAGCUUGGUUUUACUCAGGAGAAGUAUGUCCUGUACUGUGAUAGCCAGAGUGCUAUUCAUCUUGGUAAGAACUCAACUUUUCAUGCUAGAUCUAAGCAUAUUGAUGUGAGGUACCAUUGGAUACGAGAUGUUCUUGAAGCUAAGCUGUUAAAGCUUGAGAAGAUACACACUAAUGAUAAUGGUGCUGAUAUGUUGACGAAGGCCUUACCAAGAGGAAAGUUUGAAGCAUGUUGUUUGACCUCCGGCAUGGAGGCAUUCCCCACAUAG